AGUCUGGACAUUCCUAAACAGCUGUGGGAGUCCUCACCAACCUGAAGACCUAAAGGAGCAGCAUCUAAACAACAUGAAGUUCUUCAUCCUGCUGGUGUUUGUGUUCGGGACGCUGUCCGUCCUCAUUAACGGCAUGCCACCAAUCAGCAAGGACUACAACACCCACUGCAGAUGUCUGCAGGUGGAGUCCAGAAUCAUCCCUCCAGACAGUCUGAUGAGCAUCAAACUGGUUCCUCAAGGGCCUCACUGUCCGGAAACAGAAGUCAUUGCUGGACUCACAAGUGGAGAGAAGAUCUGUCUGAACCCCCGGUCAGCCUGGGUGAAGAAACUGGUCCAGUUCAUUCUGAGUAAGCAGCUGCAUCAUCAGGGAGGAGCUCCACCUAAGAAUCAAGCAUAAAGUCCAGUUAAAAUGUAAAAAAA